AUGGUAGUCGAGGCUUCUUCUGCAUCUUCCCUCCUUAUGACCGGAGAAGACAGCAGCAGCAGCAGCAGCAGCACUGCAAUGGAAGUCGAUGACCCCUCUGGGAGCAGCAGCAGCAGCAGCAGCAGUAGCAGCAGCAGCGACGAGCCUGCAGCAGCAGCAGCAGCAGCAGAAGAUGCAGAUGAAGACGAAGAAGAUGACCCGAUAGUGGAGGUGUUGGAUGUUUACCUGAGGCGUCUAGAGGAUGUCCUAGACAGCAGCAGCAUGAGCAACAGCAGCAGCAGCAGCAGCAGCAGCAGCAGCAAAGUGUUCGUGCUGCAGUUCCCCUUGAGGCCUCAUGACCGACCUUACGGUGACCAGGGACAGCUGCAGCAAAUAGCAUACAGACAUCAGCAGCAGCAGCUGCAGCUGAUGUAUAAUUUGCAUGCGGAGGGCCCAAACUUUGACCGAAAUCACCCUGUUGCUGCUGCUGCUGCUGCUGCUGCUGCUGCUGCAUCAGCAGCAGGACCUGCUGCAGCAACAGCAGCAUCAGCAGCAACAGGCGAGACUCUUCACUUCUUAAAAAGCAAAAUAACUAAAGGCAGCCAGUGUAGUUAUGCUGUAGGGAUAAUAAAAAAUAAAAGUUUUUAUAUUAUGCCGGCUGAAGGCGUGCUGCAGUUUACACCAGACUUUGCUGCUUUUGAACAGCAGCAGCAGCAGCAACAGCAGCAGCAGCAGCAACUGCAGCAGCAACAGCAGCAAAUCGCUAACACACGCAGGCUCCAACAGCAGCAACAAAUGCAAACCGAUGCACAUCCUAAUGCUAAUCCUGCUGCUCCUGCUGCUGCUGCUGCUGCGGCAACCACCGGAGCAGCAGGUGAUGCAGCAACUCAGCAGCAGCAGCAGCAGCAGCAGCAGCUUGUGCAGCAAAUAGGAGAAACCAGGACGCGAAUAUCUCACAGCAAGCAAAGAGAAAUUGAAGAGAGCGAACCGUGGGUAAAAGUAGAAACCUUCUACGAUGCGGAUACACCGGAAGCGUUUGAGCUGCUGAAUUCGCUCGUCGAUAACCAACAGACUCUUUCAGAAGAUGAUGCCUUGGACGGGUGCCUCUUCGGCGGUCAGCAGCAGCAGGAGCAGCAGCAGGAGCAGCAGCAGCAGCAACAGCAGCAGCAGCAGCUGCUGAAGCAGGAUGUGGUGUUUUCUUCUGAUGUGAUGUCCUACAUUGCUGCAAUCUGCGACAUGCAGCAGCAGCAAGAACAAGGGGGUGCAGGAGCAGCCGCAACAGCAGCAGCAGCAGCAGCUUCAGGACCUCUCAGCUACGCAGCGCUAAGAAGACUCCCUCUUGAGCAGCAGGUGUUGAAGAUAAUGGGUCAUUUGCAUCUGGCUUCUCACACGACAGUGAAGAGGCUUGUUGCUGCUGCAGCAGAGGAGCAGCAGCUGCUGCAGCUGCUGCUGCGUCAUUGUUAUUUGCUGCAGGGCAACUGGUGUAUUAAGAGCUCUCUUGUCUGCAGCAGCAGCUACGAAACAACCUGCAGAGAUUUGCUGCUGUGUCUCCUCGCUAGAGACGCGCAGCAGCAGCAGCAGCAGCAGCAGCAACAGCAACUGCAGCAGCAGCAGCAGCAAGCAGGCCGCUCAGGAAUCUCAAAGGAAGCAUUCAGAGCAGCAACGAGGCUACCCCCAGAAACUGCAGACAAGCUACUUAACCAAGUGGCGGUGUGCGAGUCUUCUGCUUGGAGGUUGAAGCUGCCUGCUGAUGCAGCAUUUGCUGCUGCACAUCCGAAGCUUGCUGCUUUUUUUGCUUCCUUCUGGGUUUCUAAGUUAAGAGAGGCUGUACAACAAAUUAAAACACAAAGAGAGAGUCUUGAUGCUGCAGCAUCUUCAUCUUCUGCAGCACUGUCUCCGGUUGAGCUGCAGCAGCGCACGAGGGAGGUGAAGCAGCUGCUGUCGGAGUUCGGUGGUUUAUCUUUAGCAGAGAUUAAAUUAAAGUUGAGCAGCAGCGCUGCUCUCUUGUCAGACGAAGAUGUGCAGCGACUGCUCAGUGAGGUUGCGCUCCCAGUCAAUGGCAUUUGGGUGUUGAAUUCGCUGGGCAACGAACAAAUUGACGAAGCUGUAGAAGAAGAUUUAAACAAGAAGGUCUCUCUCCCCGACUUCACCCUCAGAAAGCUGUUGAGAGAGUUUGCACGAAACGAAAAUGGUCUUUGGGUGUUUAAAGGCAACAAAAACACUCAAGAGAAAAGCGAUGUAAUGCAGCUCAUAGAAGAAGAAGCAACAAAGGUUUAG